CACUGCCAAACACAGGAGAACACCUGUUCAACCAUUGUGCAUGGAAAAAUCUGUGAGCGGCGGUUCCGUGCAUCAUAAAAAAAACAAUUCGCAAGGAUGGAAACGUAGGUCCAAGUCUUUGUCUCACAGCUCGGGUCAUGAAAGCUCGAACGCGUCUGUUUUAGACAGUGAAUUAUCUGAGUCUCAUGAAAUGCAAGACAGUAGACAGAAACGGUUCGAAAAGACCCUUGAAGGAAAUAGAUUUGAGGAGCUUCGCGCAUCGCGCGAAGAAGAACGAAAAGAAGCAAUAAAAAAAGGUCUUAUUGAUGAUCCCUCAAAACCGCGCCAACUGAAUGAAGCAGUAACGUUCACGGGCACUUGCAUGGACAUGUGUCCAGAGUACGAGCGCGAACAGCGUGAGUAUCAGAACAAUUUAGAAAAAUGGGAGAUAAAUCCCAAAAGCGGUCGUGUAGAUAAAGAUCUUGCGGUAAAAGCUUUUCAUAGACCUGCUGCUGGAAAUGAACAGGCUCUUCCUUCGGACGUCCGCCCUCCACACAUCUUAAAGAAAUCACUUGAUUACCUCAUUGACGAAAUUGUUUGUGGUCCGUAUCCAUUGGAAUCCACUCAUUUUUUUGUUCGCGACCGUACUCGAUCCAUCCGUCAGGACUUUACCCUUCAAAACAGUCGAGGAUUGGAGGCUAUAGCCUGCCAUGAACGUAUCGCUCGUUAUCACAUCCUAUGUCUUCAUCAGCUAUGCGAGCAACGAAAUUUCAGUUCCCAGCAGGAGAUGGAGCAAUUGAGAAAAGUGCUGCAGUCCCUGUGUGAAUUUUACGAUGACAUGCGAAAAGAAAACAAGGUUUGUCCGAACGAAAGUGAGUUUAGGUGCUAUGCAAUUCUUGCCCAUAUUCGCGAUCCAGAUAUUGCUCGACAGGCGCAGAAUCUCCCUGAUCAUAUAUUUCGCUCGAAAUUUCUGCAAACUGCUUUGCGGUUAUCGGCUUUAGCGCAGAAAAACAAUGAGCGCGUUGGUCGACUUCUUCCGCCCAAUACUGAGGCUGCUCCGAAUCUCUUCACACGAUUUUUUAAACUUACUCGGUCUGAUAGGGUGACAUAUUUGAUGGCUUGCUUGUUGGAAGUUCACUUCAGCUCUGUCCGAAAAGGUGCCUUAAAAGCCAUGCGGCGAUCCUAUCUCUCUGCACACGCUCGGAUUCCAUGUGCAGAUAUCCAAAAGUUACUGUAUUGUGACGCUAUUGAGGAGGUCAUUGAACUUUGUGAGCACUAUGGGCUUGAGGUUGUAACAGACGAUUCGGGUUCGCUCAAUGUCAUUUUGAACAAGUCUGUCAACUUUGACGAAACGCGGCCAGAGCUGAAGCAACGUUUUUCUCAUGCUCUUGUUGAAUGUAAGCGUUCUAACGCAACUUUUGCUACGAUUAUUAAUGCCGUUGGGGAGCACGAUGCGUCACAAACCUUUUCCAAGCCGUCUAUUUCUGUGACUCCUGUCUCGACAAGACAAGUGAAGACAGGAACUCUACCAAAUACAACUUUAACAAAGGCGCAUGCUCCUCUUGUGCCUACCAAAUCUCUUAAACGUAAUGGACUUAAUAUUUUUGCAAAUGAGUUUAUACCGAAAGUUAAAUCGCUGACUCCGACGCUGGCCGUCGAUGCUGCGAUCCCCCUUUCUAUACCAAGCUCCUUAACAACUGGAACAAAAAUGCAAACGAAUGUGGUAUCUGAUUUUUUUACAUCAAAAGAGUCAAAACCGAUCAAUGAAAAACUGGCUUCAGCGGUUGUGCUUCCACCGCCGCCGUUUGCCGAAUCAGAGAAAACAAAGCCUGAACUAGGCGAAGACUUUUACCAGUCAGUGUUGACUAACGUUAUGCAGAACGUACUCACUCGGAUGGUUAACGCUGCAGUUGAAAAUGUUGUUGAUACAUGGGCUUCAGAAAACUCUCUGAUAACUCUGAUACAAUUACUUCAACAAUUUGUUUGGAAAGAAACUUCACAGAUCUAUGCCAGUGAAUAUUAUCAACGGCGCCUCUGUCUGAAAAAAUUUCGACUAAUGAUGGCUAUGGGAAAGCGCUGUUAUGCGACAAAGCAACUACGACUGCAGCGAGAACAGGAAGAAAAAGAAAAACAGGAACACUACAUCAGUGUUUAUGAAAACGUUAUGACACGAAUGCAACAAUCGACAACAAAAGUGAUGAACCCACCUAGAGUCUAUGAUGGAAGUCAUUUGGAACCAGAGUACCUGGAAGCACAGAAAUUAAAUGAUUCCAUUCGACAGGCGAAGGAAAUGAGGAAAUCGCUUAAUCUGGCUUCACUACUUCACCCGGUAACGGAGAAUAUGGUUUAUGACGAGUGGACAAUGGCAGCUUAUUGUUAUUCUCCUAAUUCUUCUAUAACUUCAUGGUUGUGUAAUAAGCUUUGUCUACGUCCUUCCAAUGGCUGUUUUCUUUGGGAACAACUUCUCGAGACAAACAAAAGUGUUCGUGUGUAUAUGCCGUGUUCUACCGUUUUUGAUGACUUGCGUCGAGCAAACUAUGGCGCUUGCCUAUAUGUUGUUGAUGUGAGUAAAGAGCUACAGUGUCUCACAUGUUCUGACUCUCAAUUGGAAUAUGUCUUUAAAAAUAGUCCGAAGUUGGAAGAAACAGUUAGUGUUUUGCACCGUUUUAUUCAACAACUAUCACAGGCGAGCACAACAAAGUUUCCUCUGUUAAUCGUUUUUUGGGCCACUAACCUGCCAUCCAUGGAUGAAAUUGCCGCGAAGUUCGAAUUCAUGAAGCUGGUUCAGUCCGACUGGAGUGCUGUCUCGUCCAUACAUGUUCAGUCAUUAGACGUUACGAAAUAUGUCGCAUUGGAUGAGGGCAUUGAAACACUUGUGAGUAACAGAAGCACAGAGCCUUCGCCUGCCUUCAGGUACUCGCAGUUUCUGCGGGAAAGCCGGAAAAGGCAUUCCGUUGCACAAAGUGAUAUUGAGGCAUCAAAAGUUGGUAGACGGCGGUACUCAAAAGCAUUUGUUUCUGAAGAUGAAUCGCACGUUUACUCGGACGAACUUGCUGAUGAAUCACUUUUGACCCCCGUUGCAGACAUCGCCUCCGAAAGAUCUUUCUCCGUAAUAUCUACUCCUACUAAGCACAUUACUCAGUUGCCGGAAACGCCAACACCAUUACAAAGAAAAAGCCAAGUUUAUCGAGGCCCGUUGGCAGUUUUGGAUGAAAAAAUAAAAAAGGCGAAGGCAUUACUCAAAAGCCUCUAAUCCGUCGUUUCUUUCUAUGUUGUAAUAAUAUACAUUAAACCGCUUGUCGGACAAAAGAGCUGGAAAAGGGGAAUUUGUUACUCAGCAAAGUAAAGGGCAUAGGCUUUCUUUCCAAAACGUAGACAAACUAGACUCUCGGGAGGAAAAUUUGUUAUCAAGUUCGAAUCCUUCAAGAUUUCGUUACCGAGCAUCACCUUUCCAUUUUCGAUGCAAUCACUGGCCUCUUUGCGAGAAUUAAAUAAACCACAUUCUCUAAGAAGUCUGCAUACGGGUAGCGACUGAAUGGCUCUCGGAAUUUUUACGAAUGCGGAGGUUUUCUGUAGCAGAUCUUUCAAAGAGUGGUUCCCAUAGUCAGGCUCGGGAGGCCAGUAGAAACCUUGUGCGUUCCUUUUAGAAGCAUACAGGAUAUUGCUCACUUUAAUUGCAGUAUCAACCGCAUCCUUUCCAUGCAAAAAAUACACAACAUGCGAGGCCAGCGCACGAUGAAGCAGCCUGUCCUCAGGCUUUCGGGAAUGUUGCUGUUCAAGCUCGCCUAUGCGUUCCACGGACAGAAAUGUAAGUUGUUUUAAGAGUAUCGGAAUCAUUUUAUCCGGCAAGGAGACGAAGAACUAUACAGCUUAGUAAAAAAGGUACAUUUGCCUCAUUAAAUUACCUGAUAAAGCGCAUACGCAUCCGUUUUGGUUUUGUCAAUCCAUACAGCAUUUCCAGUACUUUUACCAAAUUUGACACCGUUUGACGUAGUCAAAAGAGGUGUUGUCAGAGCGAAUGCCUUGUUGUCACCGAGCUUACGAUGGACAAAAUCAACACCCGCCGUUACAUUUCCCCAUUGGUCAUUACCACCGAUCUGUAGGUUCACAUUUGAAUGAGUAGCAAGAUAAUAGAAGUCGUAAGCUUGCAACAAUUGGUAUGUGAACUCGCUGAACGAGAGACCAGUUGGACUCCGUAAGCGACUGCUGACACUAUCGCGAGCAAGCAUUUGGUUUACUCGAGCCGUACUGCCAAUCUUGUUUAAGAAGUCAAGCAAACCCAUUCCAGAGUACCAUGACGAAUUUUGCACAAUAUGCCAAUUACGUUCGUCGGGCGUGUCCGUGGUAGAAUAAUCGCAGUAACGGGCGUAGGAUACUACCCGUUGGCUUAGAAACGAUAAUUGAUUCACGAGUGCGCUUGUGUUUUCUGAAAAUACUCGUUUCGAAAGACGUGUGCGGCUUUCUGUUCUACCAGUAGGAUCUCCCAGUUGGGCGGUGGCAUCACCAACCAGAGCAAAUGACGGAAACCCGUUUAAAUACGCAUGGAAUAAGGGCAUGAACGCGACCAAGUUGCCUAAAUGCAGAGAGUUGGCCGUUGGGUCAACUCCUGUAUACACGCCAGUGAUGUUCGUAGAAGCUUGAACACUGUCAAAACUCGUGUUAGUAAGAAAUGUCGUAAAAAAACCACAACUUCGUACUCAAUCUUUAGGCCUACCGUGCUGUUUGGGCCACGAGUCCGCGUAGCGAAAGUUGCUUCCAAAGAGGUUGAAAAACAGGCAUUUAAAACAGAUUUAUAUAUUACAAAGUACAGUUGGACAAGGAGUAGCGAACAG